CUGUCGUCAAGCAGAUCGUCACAUAGAAUCCUCACGUUUCUGAUUGCGUCACACGGAGCAGGAAAAGAACAAAAUGGAGGAGUACGCGAGGGAGCCAUGUCCGUGGAGGAUAGUGGACGACUGUGGCGGUGCAUUCACCAUGGGAGCAAUAGGUGGAGGAAUAUUCCAGGCUGUUAAAGGCUUUAGAAACUCACCUGCUGGAAUGAACCACAGACUAAGGGGGAGCAUGACAGCCGUUAGGACAAGAGCCCCACAACUAGGAGGAAGUUUUGCUGUAUGGGGCGGACUCUUUUCAAUGAUUGAUUGCGGGCUGGUGAAAGUGCGGGGAAAAGAGGAUCCCUGGAACUCGAUAACAAGUGGAGCCAUGACGGGUGCUAUCCUUGCUGCAAGAAAUGGGCCGGUUGCCAUGGUUGGUUCUGCUGCUAUGGGAGGCAUACUGUUAGCAUUGAUAGAAGGUGCUGGAAUCCUUCUUACAAGAUUUGCUUCUUCACAGUUCCCUACUGGUCCACAGUUUGCAGAGGAACCUGCUCCUAUGCCUGCCCCUUCUUUUGGGGACUACAGACAGUACCAGUGAGAGGCCAGUUCGUCUUGAGGUCUUUCAAAUUUCCAUGAACUCAUCUGGGGUGCCAGAGUUGCACUUAAGCACCUGUGGAACUGUCUCUCAUUAAAUGAGCAUGCACCAAUGCAGCCCACCAUUAGGAACUUUUGUCUGAGAAUGAAAAGGCCAAACACUUUUUCACUGGUCUUCUGCAGUAUGCCCUUUUGCUGUUUUCAGCUAUUUUGUUUGUAGUUCACCCUAUUUAAAGUCUUCUUUAGUCCAGCAAGGGAUGAAUGAUGUGAUGUCUGCCUUGAAGUGUCUUCACUUUAUUCAUCAUACGUCUGUUGACAUCAGGUAAAGACAGAAAUUGGGAACACUGUAGAUGAUGCCAGUUUAUUCAGACAGACCAGUGUUUCCCAUCUUUGGUCCUGGAGUAGUCCUCCAUGGCUUAUUUUCCUAGGUAUAACACCUUUAUUUUAAGCUCAUUAAAGGCUUGCUUAUUAGUUGAUGAGUCGUAUUUUGAGCCGCUAAAUUAUGGACUAAGAAUAGCAAGGAGACCAAUAUUGGACCGUUUGCUCAAAAAGCAACUGAAAUUGUGUGUUUGGAUGUGAUUCACUUUGUAUGAUUGUGUGUCUGCAUGUAUGUGGGUAUAUAAAAGUUACACAGACAUGCAUUAGUGGAAUAUUUUGCCUUAACGUCCUCUGUCUCAUGGGUUCUGCUUAAGCCCUUGUUAUAUAGUUACUUUCAUAAACCUUUACCAUCUGAAUGUCCCUGAACUAUUCACUUUUUGAAGUUGCUAUUUAUUUUUUACAAGAGGUACAGCAGAUUUUAUGUGUUUUAUGUCUUCUUGUGCUUCAUUCAGCUUAACAGAAUAAUAUUAGGACCAUUAUGGGCAAAGGAUGUUUUUCAGAUAAAAGGUUAAAACGGUGGACAGAUUUCAGGUGGCAGAUGUCAAAUUGGAUUGAAUACUAUUGUGAAUAAACAGUUAUUACUGUACUGGA